CAGGUGGGGCCCUGCCCUUCGUCAGCCCCGCGCUGGCCGUGCACAAGUCGGCCUCGGCCGUGGAGCGGCAGCGCGAGUAUCUCCUGGACAUGAUCCCGCCCCGCUCCAUCCCACAGUCGGCCACGUGGAAAUAAUUCCCGAGGGAGGACUUUUCCAGGCUCUGCCAUCCUUUCUUUUCUACCACAAUUCCGUGGAAUCUGCUUUAAUCCCAGCUGGAUAACGCCCCGAGGCUUUCUAGGAUGCAGCACCACCACUCCUCGUCCGUCCCUGCCGGGAGAAGCGACCGCGUCGGGGUGGCCGAAGCCCGGCUCCGUUGGCUCCCAGAUUUUUCAUGGAAGCUGGCAGGGAAAGGGGGAAGAAUUCCUUAAUUUUUUUUCUUUUUUUGGCUUUUUUUCCAUAUUUAGUUUUGAAAUUUUUUUGGCACCAGCACAAAAAAAAAAAAACCAACAACAAACCAUGAAAGGACUCAGCGACUCCUCUCUGCCUUCGCCGACGCCGAACUUUUUGCUGGGAACGCUCCGGAAUUCCGGAAUUUUGGGGCGUGGAGAGAGGAAUUCCAGCCCCAUCCUGCGUUUAGUGAGCCGAGUUCAUGGCUGCUCCUGAUCCCUGCUCCUCCUGCAGCCGGGAAAGCAGGCGGCACAUCCCCAGAUUCCCAAAAUUCCAACGAUCCCGAGGAGAAGAAGGAGAAAAGUGCAAAUCCCUGGUUCCGGUUGAGUUUGGUUUGGUUUUCUCCCUUAGGGAUCGGCUGCCGCCCAAACCUUGGCUGGGAGGUGGGAAUUGCUGCGGGAAAUUCCCACUUUUUUCCUUGGAUUCUGGUUGGAAUCAGACUUUGGAACCGUUGGUAGUUUCCAAACCUUGCAGUUACUGAGAGACAAAAUCCACCUUGGUUCUUUCUCAUCCCGUGAAUUUUGGGCCUUCCCGACGUUCCCAGAGACUCCAAAGCGAAACUUUUUGGGAAUUUUUUUUCCUUUGGGAGGGUUGGUUGGGUUGGUUUUGUUUCUUUGGGUUUUUGUUUUCCUUCUUUUUCUGUUGUUGUUUUGAGGGAUAUUAUUCCAAAAUUUAUAGGAAUUCCAGAAGCUGAUGCAGGCAGGGAGGGCUGGGAGCUGUUCCCAAUCCUUCCCUCCGUGGUUCAAGUUCUUCCAGGCAUCCCAAGCAUGCUCCUGUAUCCAUUUGGGAUGGAGUUUUCCAUCGUUUUUUUGGGAAUUCCAGAGGUUCAACCCAAAAUCCAUCCAGGGGCCAGUUUGGUUUCAUUUUUGGUUUCUCAUCCUCUUUUUUUCCUUGGGCUUCUUCCUGAAUUCCAGACGAAUCCAAGGGGCAGAAUUCCAGGCCUUAUUCCAGUGAGGAGAAUUCUUUGGGGAAUUUUCUUGGGGAAAUUAUAAAUAUAUAUAAUUUAGAGAUCUAUAUAUAUUAAAAAAAAAAAAAAGUGUGUGUAGGGGGGGGAAAUUCAGGAAAAUCCGGAUUUAUUUUCUUAGGAAUCGCUGAAGGCAAGAAUUCCUUUGGGGUCAGCCCCCUGGGAUCCGAGGGACAAACCCCCUCCUCCCUUUUCCCACUUUUCCUGGGGUUUCCAUGUUUAGGGAUUUAGUUUAGGGAAAAAAACCAACACAACAACCUUGUUUUCCAAACUGGGAUUUGUUGGAUAAAAGCCCCGGAAUUCCCAGCUGGAUGUGGAUUUUGGGGUGUUUUCCAUAGGGUUGUGAAGAGCUCAGAUGUGGGAAUUGGGUUGGAAUUUUGGAAUUUGGAGUUUUCUUUUCAUUCCAAGCUUGGACUGGGAGAUGCCACCAGUGUGGAAUUCCUUCAGUUCCAUUGGAUUUUAUGGAAAAGUUGCUGUUCCUUUCCCACGUGGAAUUUUUUGGGGUUAGUUCAGGGGAAUUUUCCUCUCCUGUUUUUCUUCCUCAUGGAUGCCAACGUUUGGAAAAAGUUCAUUUAUUCCCCC